AUGACUAUUUCAUUAGCUUCCCUGUAUGCCGAUUUAUUGGAGGCUAUUAAGGAAACUCCAAAUGUCCCACCACCUACAAAUCCUUACCUAAUAAGCUUUGCCCAGGGUCAUGUUGGUACAACGGCAACCAAAAAAAUUGAUGUCUACCUCCCACUGCACACAAGCCAAGACAAACUACAGCCCAUGACAGUUGUGACGAUAGCGAAUGCCAAGGUGCAUGACCUGAUUGGACUAAUAUGCUGGCAAUAUACAAGUGAGGGACGGGAACCAAAACUGAACGACAACGUCAAUGCCUACUGUCUCCAUAUUGCUGAGGAUGACGGUGAGGUCGACACAGAUUUUCCGCCCUUGGAUUCCAACGAGCCCAUUCACAAGUUUGGCUUCAGCACUCUGGCGCUGGUGGAAAAGUACUCUUCUCCCGGCCUGGCAGCAAAACAGUCGCUCUUUGUUCGCAUGUGA